CCCGCCCCGAGGCCGGGCCCGGGGGCGCGGGGCGGCGGGAUGCGGCGCCCGGGGCGGCGAUGACCGCGGAGUGCACGCCGCGGGCCCGGCCCUGACCCCGCCGCCCGCUCGCCCGCUGAGACCCCUGCCGAGGUCCGGACAGGCCGAGAUGACGCCGAGCCCCUUGUUGCUGCUCCUGCUGCUGCCGCCGCUGCUGCUGGGGGCCUUCCCGCGGGCUGCCGCCGCCCGAGGCCCCCCAAGGAUGGCGGACAAGGUGAUCCCGCGGCAGGUGGCCCGGCUGGGCCGCACUGUGCGGCUGCAGUGCCCGGUGGAGGGGGACCCACCGCCACUGACCAUGUGGACCAAGGACGGCCGAACCAUCCACAGCGGCUGGAGCCGCUUCCGCGUGCUGCCCCAGGGGCUGAAGGUGAAGCAGGUGGAGCAGGAGGAUGCCGGCGUGUACGUGUGCAAGGCCACCAAUGGCUUCGGCAGCCUGAGCGUCAACUACACCCUCGUCGUGCUGGAUGACAUUAGCCCAGGGAAGGAGAGCCUGGGGCCCGACAGCUCCUCUGGGGGUCAAGAGGACCCCGCCGGCCAGCAGUGGGCACGACCACGCUUCACACAGCCCUCCAAGAUGAGGCGCCGGGUGAUCGCACGGCCUGUGGGCAGCUCCGUGCGGCUCAAGUGUGUGGCCAGUGGGCACCCUCGGCCCGACAUCACGUGGAUGAAGGACGACCAGGCCUUGAUGCACCCAGAGGCCGCCGAGCCCAGGAAGAAAAAGUGGACGCUGAGCCUGAAGAACCUGCGGCCGGAGGACAGCGGCAAAUACACCUGCCGCGUGUCGAACCGCGCAGGCGCCAUCAACGCCACGUACAAGGUGGAUGUGAUCCAGCGGACCCGCUCCAAGCCCGUGCUCACAGGCACGCACCCCGUGAACACGACGGUGGACUUCGGGGGGACCACAUCCUUCCAGUGCAAGGUGCGCAGCGACGUGAAGCCGGUAAUCCAGUGGCUGAAGCGCGUGGAGUACGGCGCCGAGGGCCGCCACAACUCCACCAUCGAUGUGGGCGGCCAGAAGUUCGUGGUGCUGCCCACGGGCGAUGUGUGGUCUCGGCCCGACGGCUCCUACCUCAAUAAGCUGCUCAUCACCCGCGCCCGCCAGGACGAUGCGGGCAUGUACAUCUGCCUCGGCGCCAACACCAUGGGCUACAGCUUCCGCAGCGCCUUCCUCACCGUGCUGCCAGACCCAAAACCGCCAGGGCCACCUGUGGCCUCCUCGUCCUCAGCCACUAGCCUGCCGUGGCCUGUGGUCAUCGGCAUCCCGGCUGGCGCCGUCUUCAUCCUGGGCACCGUGCUCCUGUGGCUUUGCCAGGCCAAGAAGCCGUGCACCCCCGCUCCUGCCCCUCCCAUGCCUGGGCACCGCCAGCCAGGGACAGCCCGCGACCGCAAUGGAGACAAGGACCUUCCCUCGUUGGCCGCCCUCAGCGCUGGCCCUGGUGUGGGGCUGUGUGAGGACCAUGCGUCUCCGGCAGCCCCCCAGCACUUGCUGGGCCCAGGCCCAGUUGCUGGCCCUAAGUUGUACCCCAAACUCUACACAGACAUCCACACGCACACACACACACACUCACACACACACUCACACGUGGAGGGCAAGGUCCACCAGCACAUCCACUAUCAGUGCUAGAGGGCGCCGCCUCUGCGGUGGGCACGGGGCCGGCCAGACAGGCAGACUGGGAGAACGGAGGACGGGGCUGCAGAUGAAGGCGGGGGACCCAUGGCGAGGAGGAACGGCCAGCACCCCGGGCAGUCUGUGUGCGGCAUAGCCCCUGGACACACACACACAGACACACGCCGCCUGGAUGCAUGUAUGCACACACAUGCACA